AUGAAUUCAAACUCUGAAGCCAAAGAUCGGCAUUGCUUUUUUGCUUUUUUUAUUAAAGAGCACAAAGAUAGUGACUUGCUAAAAUAUAUAGAGAUAUGUAGAAUCAUCACUAAAAAAUCUUUUAUUGAUCAAUUAAAGAAAAAAGCUAAUCCAAUUUUAUCUUUAGAUGAACUAGAGAAAAAAAGAUUGAAGUUUUCUAAUGAUGAUGUUGAGCCACAAAUUGCCAAAAAAGAAUGGAGUAAUUUGUAUGAAGAUAUAAUAAAUAUAAUAAAGAAUCAAGAACGGUUUUCUUUAAGUAGUCUUUUAGAGUAUUCUCCUUCCAAGUGGCUUGCUGAGCGGAAUCCAGUCGUCAUCAAGUUUAUAGAAACUCUUAUGUAUAAUGAGAAUAAACAUCAGCAUGAAGAAAAAAGCUUUUCAACAGUUAAGUAUUUAUUAGCAAGAUCAAAAAUGAUCAUUGAUAUGAUAACUAUAUUAUUAGCUCCAGUAGUUAUACGAACCUUUGACAAUGAACAGAAAGGUCAAAAAAAUUAUUUGGAUCAUGGGAAUAAUACAGUUAUAUUCCACAUGGUUACGAGUUUUGUUGCAUUUAGCUAUAGCCAAAGUAAUAAUAUUCAAAGUGAAAAUUCUUGGCUAUAUACAGAACUUGACCAAAAACAAUAUGAAGAGUUAUUUUAUUUAUCAUCAGGAAUUAAUCCAAACUCAGUUGCUAAUAUUAGAAAAGUUCUUGAGCAUAUUGAAGAAAUAUCUGGAGUUAAAAACAGUAGCCAUUUCCCUUGGCUUAUAUUAAUUCCGGGUGCCUUUUAUGAAGAAAUGAAUAUGUUAAAGGUUGUUACUUCACGAUCUAAACUUUCAAAUCAACAUCAAGGCCAUAAUGCAAUACUUGAAGAAAUUAACAAAUUAUUGAAAUCAUUAAUUCCUCCAAUACCUUCACAACAGUAUUGGAAAAUUGCGGCAUGUAAUUGUACUAAUUUUUCAAAAUUGCAUACUAACAUUUUUAAUAUAAUAGGAUACUCUAAAAGUGAAGCCAAUGAGCUUCAUACACUUCCUAGUUUUACUGCUGAAUCAUGUCAAUUCUGGGUUCAGAUAAGAAAAACUCAAUUCAUAAAUCCAAAUGCUGAUAAUUGUAUUUUUCAAAAUCUAGAACUUCAAAGAAGUGAAGGUUCUUUAAAAAAAUUGGAAAUUUUAUCGAUUAUUAACUCUUUAAUUCCUUCUUUAGGUGAUUUAUAUCGAUCACGCUUUCGUGGUUUAUCAAAUAAGUCCCGUAAAGAUUUAGUAAAUAUUCUUCAAGAAGUCAGAAAUAUAUUAGCUGAAAAUAACAUUAGAAUUAGUGAACAAUAA